AUGGGCAGUGCCAGCCCCGGGCUGAGCGCUCUGCCCCCCGCCCGCCUCGCCUGGCCGGACCCCGCGCUGCUGCCGCCCCCGAGGGACCCCGAACCCCGGAGCUGGGGCUGCCCCGAGAGCCCCAGCCCGCCCAGCACCCCCGAGCAGCCCCUGCCAGCUUUCUGCCUGCACUACUUCGACAUGCUCUACCCGGAGAACGCGGCCUGGGCCACCAAGAGCGCCGGGGAACCGUCCCACAGCAGCGCCCAGGGCGGGCGGGAGGAGGCGAGGAAGGAGCCGGAGCAGUGUCCCAUCAUCGACAGCCAGGGCCUGGGGCUGGGGCCCGAGGGGGACCUGCAGGACAGCCUGCACCUGGAGGAGCACUCGCUGGAGCAGGUGCAGAGCAUGGUGGUGGGCGAGGUGCUGAAGGACAUCGAGACAGCCUGCAAGCUCCUCAACAUCGCCGCGGACCCCACGGACUGGAGCCCCGGGAAUGUGCAGAAGUGGAUCCUGUGGACGGAGCACCAGUACCGGCUGCCGCAGAUCGGGAAGUCCUUCCAGGAGCUGUCGGGAAAGGACCUGUGCGCCAUGUCCGAGGAGCAGUUCUGCCAGCGCUCGCCCGCCUGCGGCGACAUCCUGCACGCCCACCUCGACAUCUGGAAGUCUGCCGCCUGGAUGAAGGAGAAGGCUGCCCCUGGAGAUGUGAGAUACUGCGGAGGUGACACCGGCUGGGCCGACAGCGAGGUGGACUCGUCCUGCGCCGGCCAACCCAUCCACCUCUGGCAGUUCCUCAAGGAGCUGCUGCUGAAGCCACACAACUACGGGCGCUUCAUCCGCUGGCUCAACAAGGACAAAGGCAUCUUCAAGAUCGAGGACUCGGCGCAGGUGGCCCGGCUGUGGGGCAUCCGCAAGAACCGCCCGGCCAUGAACUACGACAAGCUGAGCCGCUCCAUCCGGCAGUACUACAAGAAAGGGAUCAUCCGGAAACCCGACAUCUCCCAGCGCCUCGUCUACCAGUUCGUGCACCCGGUGUGA